AUGGUCAUCUUCCUUAGCAUUGAACCAAAGAACAACAAGCAUAGGGGAUUCAAAACGGUUCACGAACUCAACAAUAUGCAUGUCGGUUCAGCAAACAACCAAGAUCGUCUCCGUGGAGCGAGUCGUUGGCGCAAACGCCCCAGGAGAAACUUGCCUUACGUCAUCUAUCAUGACGGUAACCUUCCUUACUGGGAAGGACAGAGUUACGGUGUGAUCCCUCCAGGUGAGAAUCCGAAGAAACCAGGAGCCCCACAUAAUGUGCGCCUUUACUCCAUUGCAUCAAGUGGUAUGGAGAUUUCUUUGACGGUAAGACAGCGAGUUUGUGUGUGCGAAGAUCCUUCAAAGAACAGCGUCUGCAGCAACUUCCUAUGUGAUUCAAAGCCCGGAGACAAGAUUCAAAUCUCUGGUCCAUCGGGGAAGGUAAUGCUAUUACCAGAGGAUGAUCCAAACGCGACGCACAUAAUGAUAGCCACGGGAACAGGAGUGGCUCCUUACAGAGGCUACUUACGUCGAAUGUUCAUGGAAAACGUACCAAACUACAAAUUUGGCGGCUUAGCUUGGCUCUUCUUGGGUGUGGCCAACACGGAUAGUCUUCUCUUCUCUAGGACGAUGAGUUUAGCAAGUACUUAA